AUGAAGUUCCCCGGGAAGCCCAGCAGCCACACAGCUGCUUCUCUGCCUCUUUGCUGGCUCCUUUUGAAGAUUCUGCCGCUGGGAGACUGUCACCCUUAUGACAAUCGCUAUGCUGGUGAUAAGGUGAUAAGGCUCACACCCAAAACUGAAGAGGAAGCCUUCGCACUCAAGAGCAUCUACCACCGACUUCAGGUGGACCUGUGGCAGCCCAGCAGUAUCUCCUAUGUGUCAGAGGGGACAGUCACCGAUGUCCAUAUUCCCCAAAAUGCUUCCAGAACCCUGUUAGCCUUCCUCCAGGAAGCCCGCAUCCAAUACAAGGUCCUCAUAGAAGAUCUUCAGAAAGCUGUGGAAAAUGAAAAGAGCCUACAAACCCAGAGAAACAGAAGGUCCCUGUCUGAAUACAACUAUGAGGUGUAUCACUCCUUAGAAGACAUUCAGGACUGGAUGCACCAUCUGAACCAAACUCAACCAGGCCUCGUUCAGGUGUUCUCCAUCGGGAGAUCGUAUGAAGGAAGACCUCUCUUUAUUCUACAGCUGGGCAAAAAAUCACGAGCCUACAAAAGAGCUGUCUGGAUAGACUGUGGCAUUCAUGCAAGAGAAUGGAUUGGUCCUGCCUUUUGUCAGUGGUUCACAAGAGAAGCCCUUCUGACCUACAAGACUGACCCAGCCAUGAGAAAAAUGUUGAAUCAUCUCUACUUCUAUAUCAUGCCUGUGUUUAAUGUCGAUGGGUACCAUUUCAGCUGGACACACGAUCGAUUCUGGAGAAAGACAAGGUCCAGAAACUCUAGGUUUCGCUGCCGCGGAGUUGAUGCCAAUCGCAACUGGAAGGUGAAAUGGUGUGAUGAAGGAGCCUCUGCACACCCUUGUGACGACACUUACUGUGGUCCUUUCCCGGAAUCUGAGCCGGAGGUGAAGGCUGUCGCAGACUUCCUUCGGAAACACAGAAAACGCAUUAGAGCCUACCUGUCCUUUCACGCCUAUGCACAGAUGCUGCUGUAUCCCUACUCUUACAAACACGCAACCAUCCCCAAUGUCAGCUGUGUGGGAUUCGCAGCUCACAAAGCAGUGAAGGCACUCCGGUCGGCACAUGGGACUCAGUACAGACAUGGCCCUGCCUCCCAAACGCUGUACGUAAGUUCCGGUAACUCGAUGGAUUGGGCUUAUAAAAAUGGAAUACCCUACGCAUUUGCUUUUGAACUGCGAGACACCGGGCAAUUUGGAUUUCUACUGCCAGAGAAGCUCAUUAAACCGACCUGCACAGAGACCAUGCUGGCCGUGAAGAACAUCACAAUGCACCUGCUAAGGAAGUGUCCCUGA